AGCUCACACGGCCCACAAACCGAGCGACCCCGUCCGCACAAUAAUUCUCGCCCUCGCCCCCCCUUGCCCUCGCCGGAAUGGCGUCCACGCUCGCGCCCCCUCGGUGGCAUCACCCCCCACCGCUGACAACCGCGGGCAGCCCAGGCCGCCUCCUUCUCCACCUAUCGCCCUCCGCCGUUCCCGCUCGCCGGAGGGCCGCGGCGGUGUCCCCGCGCGCCUUCUUCAGCCGCGCCGACCUCGACGGCCUCCUGCGUCGCGCGUGGCGGGGCGCGAACGCGGGCGCCGAGCGGUUCUCCUUCGAGGCGCGCCAGGCCGCGCAGCGCCUAGACGGGCGCUACUCGAUCUCCCGCCGCGUGGCUGAGGCCGCGCGCGCGGCGAGGGAGCGCGCCGCUGAGAUCGACGCCGAGCUCGGCGUUGGCCGCCGGUGGCGCUCAUUCUCCGUCGACUUCUCCCGCAACUGGCCCAGGUAUCGGAGGGAGCUGACUGACUUCCUGUCGACUCCUAUUGGGAGAGCUUUAUCUACACUCUUUUUCGUUUGGUUUGCACUAUCGGGGUGGCUAUUCAGAGUAUUCAUUUUCAGUACAUUUGUGCUGCCUUUUGCUGCCCCUCUUCUCCUCGGAACCUUUGCUAACAGGGUUGCUAUUGAGGGAACAUGCCCAGCAUGUAAAAGGCGGUUCGUGGGCUACCGCAACCAAGUCAUCCGGUGCAUGAAUUGCCAAAACAUAGUGUGGCAACCAAGCAGCAGUUCCUCCGGAGGGGCUGGCCGUUCAAGAAACUCAGAACCUGAUAUAAUCGAUGUGGAGUUCGAGGAGAAGUAAGAAAAACACGCAGGUGUUCCACCGUACACGGGCAGAUCAAGGAAACGGAGAGGACGAGAAGACAAUGCUCAGGUCGGGACUUCCAUGAGCGGUCUUGUAUAUGCGGCCAGUUCUGUUAUGUGUGUUGUACAUUACGCGCUCAUUGCGAGAUGAUGUUUGGCAUGCGCAGCUCUCUUGUGGCGCAUCCACAACUUGCUAUUUUGAAAGUGCAGUAGUGAGCAGUUGUACUAGUAGUAAUUUGUAGAUCAAUGACUUGAGUAAUGAAACUUGCUAAGGCAAAAAAA